CCUCUUAGCUAAGAACCAAUCCCAGACCGGAGGCACCUCAUGCUCGCCCCUGUCCUACCCUUCGCUCGACAGCAGCUGGAAGAUCGCGCCCCAGAAACAACGGACUCCAGCCAGAUGCCACUUCGGGAUGCCCAUCGCUUGCUCCUGGGGGCAGCUGCCCUCUUCUUGCUGCUGGGGGGCUGCUCGGGCUCCUCGUCACACUCUGUGAGGUUUCAUUAUGCGCUGUGUGAUUCUGCUGAACAGCUACCCCAAUUCAUGGGUCUGGGGUACCUGGAUGACCAGAUCUUCAUACACUAUGAUAAGAAGAUAAGGCAGCCCAAGCCUGUAGUUUCAUGGAUGAAGAAGUUUGUGAAGGACGAUCCUGAGUACUGGAACAUGUACACUCAGCGUUGGUCUAAUCUGGAGGAGAUUCUGAGGCACUAUGUGAUGAUGGUUCAGAGAUAUGGCAACCAGAAUGAGAGUGAGUGGAGUUUGGAAGAGCCACUGAUACCACCCCCACCGUCCUCCUCCCUCUCAAGGGCUGCUGAGUUUCUUGUAAGGGCCAGAGGGACUAGGACUUGA